CGACAAAUAAUAAAAGAUAUGUCAUGUAUGCAUAUAUAUAUAUAAUUAUAUUUAUGUAUAUGUAAGUCAUCGUGUAUAAUUUGACAGCUCAUACGAAUAAUAAUAAUAAUAAUAAUAAUAAAAAAAAAGGCAAGUACGAAAAGCAAGUGUGCAGUGGUGGCGGUCGCCCGCAUCAGUCAUUUUAGUCGUUAGUUCCUCCGGCUACCACACACGUAUAGGUAUAAAAAGCGAUAAAGCAACGAUCCGACAGCUCACUCGUCAGUGGGCAAUCGAUACGUCAACAUCACUGAUAACUGACAACAAGUGCACCGCGGAACGAGAGGGCUCAUAUCAUUUUCAACGCCCUUAAAUACUGGGUGUAUACGUUAUAAGUGUACUCAAUACCAGGCAAACGUCUCACCCCCGAGCCGACCAUAUAGCAUCGUCAUCAGCUGCAGUUUUACACGUUGCCGACUAUUUGACAGGGGCCUGGAUAUACAUAAUAUCUGCACGUGUGCCCAUCUCCACACGUUAUCUCUCUCUCACUCGUGUACCAAUUAUAAGUGCUGGAGAGUGAGGGGGCUAUACACACACCCUCCACCUCCGCGAGUCCCCCGGCUGAGUAUAUAUGUAACACGGAGCGCCGGGAGACGACGACGACGACGCUGCAGACGGACACUCACGCGCGCGCGAGAGAGGGAGAAGCACAUCCCAUCGGUCAGUUCGCUGCAUCGGUCGAUGGCUACAGGGACUGCGACGAUGUUGCCACUGAGCAGCUCCGAGGUAAGGACAGCCCUGCAGGGGCCCAUUGGCAGUAGCUGCAGCGCGACAGAGGACGACUGCAAGAACAACGAGCUGCAGGACGUGCAGUUCUUCGAGGGUGUGGAGAAGUUGCUGGAAAUCUGGUUCACGAGCAGUGACGGCGGCGACAAGCAACGCGACCUCAGAAAAAUACCCCGACAAAAAUGGGAAAAUCUGCUGAAGAUCGUGCGCUGUGAAAUCAUCAGCUUCAGUCGGAACGACACGGUCGAUGCCUACGUGUUGAGCGAAAGCAGUAUGUUUGUGUCGAAGCGCCGACUCAUCCUGAAGACCUGCGGCACGACGACGCCUCUCCAGUGCCUGGAGCCUCUGUUGAACCUAGUCGAAAGUUACACCGGUUUCGACAAAGUUGAGGACCUGUUCUAUUCGCGCAAAAACUACAAGCGACCGGAACUACAGAUAUCGCCGCAUCAGGCCUUCGAGGACGAAGUCACGCUGCUGGACACCUUCUUCCCUGAUGGGGAGGCUUACUGUCUGGGCGCCGAGGACAACGACUGCUGGUACCUGUACACGCUGAACCGCGACAAGCCGGCCCGGCCAAUCAUCAACGAGGACCAGCGCGAGCCGGACCAGACCCUCGAGGUCCUUAUGACGCACCUCGACCCCCAGGUCAUGGCCAUCUUUACUCGGGACGUGUGCUCCUCGGCGGCCGAGGCCACUCAAAAGUCUGGCAUCGACAAGCUCAUUCCCAGCAUGACCAUCGAUGACUUUCUCUUUGAGCCGUGCGGCUACUCCAUGAACGGGGUCGCCAAGAACGGUAGCUACAUGACCAUUCAUAUAACCCCGGAGCCGGAUUUUUCGUACGUUUCCUUCGAGAGCAACAUCCCGGAGUCGUCGUACGAGGAGGUGAUCGAGCGCGUGCUCAAGACCUUUAAGCCGGGCAAGUUCGUGGUUACCAUAUUUGCGAAUAAGGAUUCCUUGGCGGCCGACGCGCCGCGCGAGCUCGAGCAGACCGAGGUCGGGUUCGGCUUUGAGGACGACUUUGUGCGCAACGACGUCCAGUACUGUCGAUUCAAGAAUUACGAUCUUACCUGCGCCUUCUACUCCAAGUUUCCGAGCUGAGGGUUCAUGGACGCCUCGU